UCUUUGGUCUCAGAUCGGUUAUGGCUUCAUCCAGAGAGCGCGAGAACUUCGUUUACAUCGCCAAGCUCGCCGAGCAGGCCGAGCGUUAUGAUGAAAUGGUGGAUGCAAUGAAGAAUGUUGCAAAGCUUGAUGUCGAAUUGACAGUGGAGGAAAGAAAUUUACUCUCUGUUGGGUACAAGAAUGUGGUUGGUGCAAGGAGAGCCUCAUGGAGGAUUUUAUCAUCAAUAGAGCAGAAAGAAGAAGCUAAAGGAAAUGAAACAAAUGCCAAACGCAUCAAGGAGUACAGACAAAAGGUUGAAACAGAGCUCUCUGGUAUUUGUACUGAUAUCAUGACAGUGAUUGACGAACACCUAAUUCCCUCUGCUUCAGCUGGGGAAUCAACAGUGUUCUACUAUAAGAUGAAAGGAGAUUAUUAUCGUUACCUUGCAGAAUUUAAAUCUGGUAAUGAGAAGAAAGAUGCAGCUGAUCAAUCGAUGAAAGCAUAUGAGGCUGCAACUAGCUCAGCCGAAUCUGAAUUGCCUCCUACACAUCCUAUCCGCUUGGGUUUGGCAUUAAAUUUCUCUGUCUUCUAUUAUGAAAUCCUGAAUUCACCUGAAAGGGCCUGCCACCUUGCAAAGCAAGCUUUUGAUGGAGCCAUCUCCGAACUUGACACCCUCAAUGAGGAGUCUUACAAAGAUAGCACCUUAAUCAUGCAGCUUCUUAGAGACAACCUCACAUUAUGGACUUCUGACAUCCCAGAGGAUGGAGAUGAUGCUCAAAAGGUCAACGGCACUGUCAAAGUUGCCGGUGGCGACGAUGAGUGAAAUGGAUAGCAUUCUAAGUGGCAGAAUCGGUACUACUCUGGGGAUGAUGGAUGUGACUUGAUAAGCAAUUGCCCUUAGUGUUUAGCAUAAGGAGGGUUCCUUUUUAUUUUCUUCUCUUUUUCUCCUUCCCUUUCUCUGAUGCCCCAUUAUUGUGUGGUUUAUUUUUGAGUAUGAUGAUAUCUGGACUUAUUUGGUCUAGCUUUCCCUUCUCAGUGGAUGGUGGAUAGGUUGUAGGAGGAAUGACUUGAAUUGUUAAAAGUGUUUAUCCAUCCUGUUUACAUGAAAAAUGCGUUUGUCUGGAUUUCGGGUUUGGGUUUCGGGUUUCGGGUUUCUAUUAAAGCAUUAUAUAUGUUCUAUGU